CGAAUUUCAUGAUCAAAUUAGGAACAACAAAUAUCUCAGGACACGUGGUAGCUAGGAGCAAAAAUAAAUCAUCUAGAUGAAUACAUCUAAAUGAUAUUUCAGCUCAAUAUAGUAAAUUAAGAUUGAGGAAAAACACGAGAGGAGAAACCAUAAUGUCUUUGGGAGAAAAAAAAAACUACAUUGGUCGCAAGUGGAAGUAAUCGAGGAACGCUUCCAGUCGACGACAGUUUAUGACGUUGAGCUCUAUUUUUUGGGUCCAUAUCAAUACUUUCUGAUGAAUUGCACGGACGUUUGCAAUGAAAUUGCUUAUUUCUCAAACCAAAAAGAAAGAGGACCCGCUAACGCCACAAUAGUAGCAGGCAUAUCAGAUCACGCGCGGUUUUGUGCAAUUAACGUUAGCUAGCUACUGUGUUUUCCUUUCGUGAACUGCUCUGUCUUGCCAGACAUAUUUAGUAAUGUUAAUGUAUUAUUGCAGAAAUGUAACAGGAGUCGACUGUAGUUGCUAGCAAACGUUACAUAAAACCAGUCUUCCCAAAUAAUAGAAGAGGAGAGAGGACUUAAAUGUUACAUGUUGGACAUUAGCUACAAGGUAAAGUUGCAACUUGGCAAUAAUACUUAACGUUACCUAGCUUAGCUUUACUUGCUAGCAUACUAGUGUGGGUUCGCUACUUUGACAGCUCUCACUUGCAAUAUUAGCUACUAACGUUACUACAGCGAACACCUUAGUUAUUGUUAGUUAGCUUGCUUAAUUAUCUGGUUGGCAGUGCCGUUGAGCGUUAAACUGGUAAAGAACCUAGCCAUUUUUUUUUUUUUUUUUUUUUGUACGAGCAUAUUUGCCCUAUUUUGCCACAAUGUUCAAGCUUGGUCUUCAGUUAGCUCUACGACCCACCAUCUCAACAAGAGCAGUGCUGGAAAGUGUCACGGUCAGAAAGGUUUUGAAGGUGUCCCACUUGCAAAGUUGUUGGAUGGGAACGCUCGGGCGCAACGAGCCGCGGGAACCCCUAAACUCUCCAAAAAGAGCGAAAGAAUUCAUCUACAGCCUUCACUCCAAAGAAAGAACAUGCUUGCUGAAAGAAUUGCAGAGCUUUGAAUCCAUAGCUAUAGCUCAAGACUCUGAGGUGUCCAGCUGCACAAGCCAGUUGCGUGGCCAGAGUGAGACACCUGAAGGAGAAGUGGGGUUACAGGGGACUCAAGAGGCUUCACCGCUCACUCAAGCUCAGAUCAAAUACGUGCUUCUACACAAUGCGAUCCCCUUUAUUGGUUUUGGCUUCCUGGACAAUGCCAUCAUGAUUGCAGCAGGAACCCAGAUUGAGUUGUCUAUAGGUGUCACCUUUGGAUUAUCGACCAUGGCAGCUGCAGCUCUUGGGAACCUAGUGUCAGACCUGGCUGGACUUGGUCUUGCCGGAUACGUGGAGGUCCUAGCCUCUAGGCUAGGGAUGCAGGUUCCUGACCUCACCCCCAAGCAGGCGGACAUGUGGCAGACCAGGGUUAGCUCCCACAUGGGAAAAGGCAUUGGAGUCACAAUCGGAUGCAUUCUCGGAAUGUUCCCCCUGUUAUUCCUAGGGGAUGAUGAGGAUGAGAGCAAGAAAAAAGAAGCACACACCAACACCACAGACUCUUAACAGCAUGCGAACCAGCUUUCUGGUUUCAGGGUCAAUUGCAAGCUGCAUCAUCAGCAUGAUUUUAAAUUCAUCUCUAACUCUGGAAAACCUUUCUUCUCUAUUUCAUAAUAUAAGACAUGUUAUUUAUCCAAAGCGACAUAGUCAUGGGUGCAUACAUUUUACAUACAGAUGGCCCGGUAAUCGAACCCACUGUGCUGGCGUUGCAAGCGCCAUGCUCUACCAACUGAUCUUCCAAAAGUUUAUUAUGAGCCAUUAGGCUUAUUACAAAGUAGUUGCAUUUGAUGGCAAGUUAUUUUCAUAGGAUGGAUUUUGUAGAUGAAUUUGCAUAGGAGUUGAAAAUGAGUUUGAGAUGACUUUAAACCAAUGUUAUAAGAUUGUGAAACAAAGGAACACGUGUCAACUGCUACCUCGAUGGCAUUUUAUUUUUGGGGGGGAUUUGAAACGGCAAGAGUUGAACUAGCUUGUGCAAUAUAUAUUUUCAAUAUUUAUUUUUCUUUUGUUGAGGAAUUUUUGUACAGUAUAUUAUGCAUUGAACUUUAUUGAUUGUUUGUCAACAAGGAAAAAGCAAUUACGCUAUGAUUUGAAAAAUUGGUCACAAAUGCUGUUAUUACCACUACCAACCCUGUUUUUCAGAUGCAUAAUUACAAACAUACAUCUACAUUGAGUGUGCGUAAUGCCUUUGGGUUCCUAGCAUGUCAGUCUUAAGUUGCCUAUCUAUUAUUCCAACUGCUGAUCUGUCUCUUAGCUUUCACAUUUAUUUUAGCAAAGCCAAUUUUCACAGUCUAUACCAUAGAAGUGCCUCACUUUAUUGUCUUCACAUCAAUCUAACCAAAUGUAUUUUUAUGACCUUUUUAAAAACCAGCACAUAGGAGAUUUUAUUUUGUGAAAUAUUUAACUUCAUGUUUGAAAGAACGUCAUUGUUAAUCUGCUGGAUUUGAAAGAAACUAAGGAAACGAAGUGAGCUGAACAACAAAGAGUAAAACUGCGCACUCACUGUUUGUUAAAAUGCAAUUAGAGCACCUAUUCCGUUGCCAAUAUGACUGACUUUUUGUAGGAUAGUUACUGUUUCUUCACUGAUAGACAACCAUUUGCUUAUGGUGGCCUAAAUCACAUUUUUUCACAUUGAUGUAAUCAAACUAGUCCUUUAUUGUGUGAAAGGAUCUUCUUUGUUUUCUGUUUAUGAAUAUCGGUGUUUGUUUUUCCGUUUGCCCUUUCUUAUUACAGUAAAUGCAGUACUUAAACUGGAAUGUCCCUCACCAUGCUGCUGUAUUUCAUCAUGAACUGUAGUGAAUGUUCAUAAUGACCCUUAUUUAAACUAUUACUGCCAAAUGCAUUUUUUUUGUCGCCAAAGUACUUGGCUGUAAAAACUGCAUAUUUCAUCAUAACCGGACUGAUAAGAAAAUGGGCACCAAGGUGUAACAUAAAUGCUUUGAUGGUUUUGUUCGAAAGCAAUGGAGAUGUUCUGUUCUGGGUGAGUAGUAUUUCUGCAGUUUGAUCAUGAUCUCACUCCAUCCUUUUCUUUCUUGCUAAUAGAAGCCAUGGACUUGUUCCUCACCUCCUCUGCCCUCUGGUGGACGGAGACAAUUUUUAUUUGCCCCAACUCAUUCUCCCUAAUGCUUUUCCUCCUGGUGUCCUCUGGUCUUGCUUGUUGCACCACUGUUCUGGGCUUGCUGGAGACUCCUGGUUACAUGUGCCCUUCAGCUGUUUUAGGCUCUCCAGCUCCAGAGACUCUUGAUCCACACACUCUGUCCUUUUCUAUUUGGUGUUUGUCUAACACCACUCUAUUGGUCUCCUCUAUAGUCUCGGAAAUCCCAGACAUAUGUUGGAACAUGUUAAUGUGGAAAGUAAGCCAUUUUGCUAAGGGAUAUACCAUCUCAAGGAUGUAUUUUGCCAAUCUUGCCAAUUUUCUCCUGCAAUCUUCAUGGGAUGUCUCCAUCUCUUCUGUCUUUUGCCUUAACACUUUUUCUCUCACAAAAAUGUACAUCAAGUUUCCUUCAAUCUCAUUUGGUGUUCUGUUCUCCAGUUUGAUUCCUGUGGUAUGGUUCUCUGUGUUUGUCUGUUUUGCCAUCUGUAUCUCAACCUCACUCCCCGUCAUUGCUUUCCAACUCUUCUCUCCUUUCUUGGCUAUUGGUCCACCAUGAUAGUGGUGUCCUCUCACCAUGAUAUCAAAGCACACCUCCAUCGUCCUAUUCUGUUUUCUCUUUGUCACCAUUAACGACAUGCUAGAAAGUCUGGUAUGGUAAUAAGAACUAUUCAUUUAAACAUACAUGGACUUAUCUAAUGCUCAUCCCCACUCCCAUGUAAACGACAGGCACAUAAAAUGUAUCUGCUGCCAUGUUUACAAAAUGUAUACUUAUGCCAACAGAAAUAGAGAAAAUACCUUGUGUAAAAAUACUGUUUGAUCGCUCUUGUAUUUUGCAAUGAUUUAAUAAACCGAUUGGAACCAUU